AUGAGGACUGGAUCGCUUGUUGAUGGCCUGCUCACUGAGGGUGAGAGCUACACAGCGGCUCCUGAUGAUGUCAGGUUGGUGGGCGGAGCCAGCCGCUGUGCUGGGAUCCUGGAGAGGAGAGAUGGAGGCGACUGGAGAGCAGUAAACGUCUCUCUGUCUGAGUGGAACCUGACGUCUGCAGAGACGCUGUGCAGACAGCUGGACUGUGGUUCUGUACUUUCAGUGGGACGACCAGAGAACUCCUCAAGGACUGAACCAGCGUCAUAUUCUAGAAACCUGCAGAUCACCUGCUCAGACCCUGAUGAUGAAGUCCAGUUGGUGGGAGGAUCCAGCACCUGCUCUGAGUCUAAAUCUACAUUAAAGGAAUGUGUGAUACCAGUGGAUCUGUCCAGCUCUUCUGGGCUGGAAAUCACCUGCUCAGACUCUGUCAGACUGGUGAACGGGACUGGUCUGUGUUCAGGCAGACUGGAGGUGAGGUCUGAGCAGCGCUGGUCCCCAGUGUGUGAGGAGGACUUGGACCUGCAGGGUGCUCAGGUGGUCUGCAGGGAGCUGGGCUGUGGGGCUCCUUCAGUCUUGAAGGGGGGAAUGUUUGGAGAAGUGGAGGCUCCGUUCUGGACCAAGAAGUUCCAGUGUGAAGGCCACGAGUCUGCUCUCCUGGACUGUCCAGACUCAGGGUUGACUGGAAACACCUGUCCACCUGCUACAGCUGUUGGGCUCACCUGCUCAGACCCUGAUGAUGAAAUCCGGUUGGUGGGAGGAUCCAGCACCUGCUCUGGUAGACUAGAGUGGAAACACCAUGGAGAGUGGAGACCAGUGGAUCCUCCUCCCCAUCCCUGGAAUCUAAAGGUCACAGCAGACUCGGUCAGACUGGUGAAUGGGACUGGUCUGUGUUCAGGCAGACUGGAGGUGAAAUCUGACCAGCGCUGGCCCCCAGUGUGUGAGGAGGACUUGGACCUGCAGGGUGCUCAGGUGGUCUGCAGGGAGCUGGGCUGUGGGGCUCCUUCAGUCUUGAAGGGGGGAAUGUUUGGAGAAGGGGAGGCUCCGUACUGGACUAAGAAGUUCCAGUGUGAAGGUAACGAGUCUGCUCUCCUGGACUGUGGAGGAUCUGGCUCAGGUAGAAACACCAGCUCACCUGGUAAAGCUGUUGGACUCUCCUGUGAAAAUUAUAUCAGGUUGGUGGGAGAGCCCAGCCGGUGUGCAGGAACACUGGAGAUGAAACUCAAGGAAGAGUGGAAACCUUUGAGAGAGAAGGGUUCUGACUGGGACCAGAGGUCUGCAGCUGUAGUCUGUACAAUUCUGAAAUGUGGUUCUGCUGUUUCAACAAGAGCAUGUUUAAAUCAUGGAUCUUAUUCCAGCUACGGGGGCCUUGAGGUGAUCUGCUCAGACGAGCACACUAGUGAAAUAAUAGCAAAUGGGCUAAAGGAAGCACUGUCUGCCUGGGGCUUAGACGAGGCUCGUCUGGUGUGCAUGACCACAGACAGUGGUGCAAAUAUGGUGAGAGCACUGCAGCUCAACAAGUGGACCAGGCUACCCUGUUUUGGACACAGCCUGCACAUCGCUAUAGAAUCUUCUACAAGGUGGGGAUCCCAUGUCAAGAUGAUGGAGAGGGUCCUGGAGCAUGAAAAGGCCACCACACAAGUGCUAGCUACAGAUCCAAAGACAAGGCACCUUCUACCCGCUUGGCAAGACAUUCAGGUGUUGGAGACCAUCACUGAAGCCUUAAAACCACUACAAGAUUUCACUGAUGCCCUAUCAGGGGAGGAAUAUGUAAGCGUCUCAUAUGUGAAGCCAGUCCUCCACCUACUAAAUUCAGAUAUCUUGAAGCCAAAAGAGGACAAAGCAGGGCUCAGCGAGGAUAUCAAGAAGAAGGUCUUGGAUUACCUAAAUGAAAAAUACAGUGAUCCAGGGACUGAUGAGCUGCUGACCGUGGCAACGUUUCUGGACCCGAGAUUUAAAGCCUCCUACAAGACUGAUGAGAAGCUGGAGGAGGUGAAGAAGAGAGCAGCAACUGAGAUUGUGGCCUUGGAGGAGCUGACAGCCACUGCCUCUGCCUUCUCAGCUUCUCCCACAGUGGGUCCAACAGACAUAGAAGCUACUCUUCCAGGCUACUGCGCAAAUUUGCUUGAAAAGCCAAACAUCACCUUCUCCUUCUCCACUGACGGGGCCUCCAAGGCUACGCCGCAGGGCUACCAGGCCCUCAUUGGCACUAGCUUCAACAUCACAUGCUCCAUCAAACCUCAGUAUGAAGGAGGAGAUUUCCAGCUCAUCUUCUCUGACUCCAUCACAACACAGAGCUACACCCAGACAGCUGUCAACCAUUCUGCCCAUUUCCUGUUUCCUCCUGCAAACCAGAGCCAUGGAGGGCAGUACAGCUGUGUUUAUCACCUCCAUGUUUUCUCCCAUAACUUCUCCUCAGAGAGCCAGACUCUCUCUCUCGCUGUCGGAGACCCUCUGAGAGACCUGAUCAUCAGAUGUGUGGUCCUGAUUGGUGCUCUGCUGAUAUACGACAUUGCCCUCUACUGCUACUAUAAGGUCAAAACCAAGCGGCAACCUCCGGUCCUGAAUAAUGAAAUCAAUGUGGAAAUGCAAAUACUUACAAUACCGCAAGUGUCCACUUGAGGCUGUCUGCAGGAACGGCCCAGUCUGGACACCUGUUAAACAGUUGGUUUUUACAGUAGAAUUAAACUGGUUUACAGACUGGUUCAAAAAAACGAAACAUGUCUCAUAUAUCUCAUAUGUCUCAAUAUUUGAAGUUUUUAUAUAUUUUUGUAGAUUAAAAGUUUUUUCUUUCAUUUGAUAAAUAUGACAAAUGCAUCAGUAUAUGGAGUUUGAUUUUGCUUAUUGUGAGAACUUCUCUGCUCUGCUACGUCUUCUGCUUCACCUUCAUCUGUGACUUUACACAUUAGUUUUAAAGUGAAUGUGUAAAGUCACGUUUGGAAAUAGACCUGGGACUUCAA